CAUAAAGGUGGAGCAGAGGGACUCUGCAGAAGAACCUUACUGUAUCCGUAAGGACCAAGGGAGGCUUCCUGCAGGAAGAUGACACUAAGGGACAGGGACAUCAAGUUAGGAAACAUCCUGAUUGAAACUGGAUCUGAUGUGCCGCACGCCCGUGUGAUUGAUGUUGGCUGUGAUGCCCUCGUGAGAAAGGGAUAUUACUAUUACUACAGUGGUACCGUCUUAAAAGACCCUCCAGAAUGGUUCAUGUUCAGAGAAUACAAGGCCAGCCCCACAUCAGUGUGGCAGCUGGGGGCACUGUUGUGCGACCUGCUGGAUCAUAAGUGUUCCUUUACAACACCGAUGUACCUUGAUGAGGGCUUUAAAAUCAACUCUAAUCCGUCCAUAGACUGCCAAGACUUCCUGCAGAUGUGUCUGAGCAAAGACCCUGAGAGGCGUGCCACUUUAGAGCAGCUACAGCUCCAUCCCUGGCUUAGAUAAUCCUUGCAACACCACCUGUUCAUUCAUGUAAAAGCGGUAAUACCACAGUGUAGAAAUACUUUGUUAAGUUUACCUGAAG